UGUAUUUUUGUUCCUGUGUCAAAGACUGCUAGCUGGUAACAGGCUACAGUAGCCGUCUGUGACAGUUAGCUAUCGAACAAAUCAACUUUAUCAGAGACGAAACGGACAGCACAUUGGACUUUAAAACCUUUACAUGGCAGAUUUCUUCUGAGGACAACAUCGGAUAGCGGUUUCACAAGGGAAAGCUCUGGAGAAUAGCUAGGCAUCUACAUUACUUAGCCAGCCAACCGUUAGCUUAGCCUGGUUUGGUAGCAACACUAGCAAAACGACCGACAUUAUAGUGAAAAUUUGGUUUUGAUCAUUUGUAUACUCUUUAACCGUCUUAAUAUAUUUUGCGGUCGUGAUUGGUUGCAACUUUUAGAUUCGUUAUAGGUGGUUUCCGUCAAUCUAGUUAUAGAUCACCGGAUCAGUCUAGUCGCUGGUUGGGUAGCAGUUUGCAGGGCUUUCUCAUUUGAGGCUAUUAGAAAACCCUACACAGCGGGAAAUGAAUUCAAACGUGGAGAACUUGCCGCCUCAAGUGUUGAGACUCGUGUAUAAAGAGGUUUCCGCCUUGGCAGCAGACCCUCCGGAGGGGAUCAAAAUCUACCCCAGUGAGGAGGACAUCACAGAACUGCAUACUGCCAUUGAGGGACCAGAAGGAACUCCCUAUGCAGGUGGGGUGUUCAGGAUGCGUUUGGUCCUUGGGAAGGAUUUUCCUGCUGCACCUCCUAGAGGCUAUUUCCUCACAAAGAUCUUUCAUCCUAAUGUUGGACACAAGGGUGAGAUCUGUGUCAAUGUACUGAAGAGGGACUGGAAGGCAGAGCUUGGCCUGAGACAUGUCUUGCUAACCAUCAAGUGCCUACUGAUCCAUCCUAACCCAGAGUCGGCGCUGAACGAAGAGGCUGGGAGGUUACUUUUGGAGGACUAUAAGGAGUAUGCAUCCCGUGCUCACCUUCUAACAGAGAUCCACGCUAUGGGAGGCACUUCAGGGGCCCCUCAGGAGCCCGCUGAUGGACCCCAACCCAAGAAACAUGCAGGAGACCCAAACAAACGUGUAGCCGGGGCUGGUUUGGCAACAAUGGCUGCUGGCAUCAACAACUCAAACAGCAGCUCCAGCGGCACAAGCAGUAGCAAUACUAAUAUAGUUGCAAAGAAGAAAACAGAUAAAAAACGAGCUCUGAGGCGGCUAUAAAAGAGAAUGAAUCUUUUUUUGUGUACAUAUAAAUAUUGAAGUGUGCAGACCACCUUUUCACCUCCUUACCUGUCUUACCGUUUUAGGAUAGCACAUUCAUUUUGCCAUGCUCCUACCAGAACACUCCUCUCGUUUUUGUUCUGUUGUCUCUUUCAACUUACUCUCAGGACUUGAACUGUCCUUGUGGCAAUUCUCUCUGUUUCACUGAUACAAAGGGUUUUCAUCUGUCUGUCAAAAGUUUUACAGUUGUUCAGAUUAUGAAAACAGUAGUAAAAGUUUUUGGACAAAAUUAAUUUGUGGCCUCUAGCAUUGACCAUCAGCAGGAUUUUGGUGUGUACUGUCAGCACAGAAUUUGUAAUGUAUUUAGAUAGCAGGUGUAAUGGGACAGUUAUUGUAAUUCUGUCCUAUUGAAUUUGGACUGAACCCAUUAAGUGUCAGAUGAGGUUUUUUCAGAGGUUUAAUGAAAAUUAGUAGUACAUUGCACAGAAUAUGAUCGUUGUGUGUGUGUGUGUUUGUGGUGAAAGAGAUGCAAGAUAAGGAAUAACAGAGGGGGUUCAAAUGUGGUCUAAAUAUUAUACAUGAAAAGUCUUUUUUGCUCGUUUUAAUGUCUUUUUUUUUUUUUUUUGUGAGUGCAUAUUUGUGUGGUAUUAUUUGUAUUGUUUCCAAUUUUUACUCAAUUUGUCUGUUCUUUUCUAUUUUGUAGUUCACUUUUAAAAAGGCCUUUUUCCAUUUUUAAGUGAACGGCUGCAUUUACCCGACACUGAUGCUUGAGAGAGAAUCCUUAAAGCUUUUAGACCAGCAAUGGGGGGAAAUAGUUUAUCGUGAAAUGAGCGUUCAAUCUAUGUCUCAUCUUUGAAAGAGAGCUGUUUGGUUGCUAUACUUGUUAAAGGGAUAGUUCACCCAAAAAUGAAAAAUCUGUCAUUUACUCACCCUGAAGUUGUUUCAAACCUGUAUGAAUUUCAUUCUUCUGUAGAACACAAAAGAAGAUAUUUUGAAGAAUAUGGGUAACCAAACAGUUGGACACCAUUGACUUCAAUAGUAUGAAAAAUAAAUAAAAAAAUACUAUGGAAGUCAGUUGGGUCCAUUAACUGUUUGGUUACCCAUAUUCUUCAAAAUAUCUUCUUAUGUUCAGCAGAAGAAAGAAAUUCAUGCAGGUUUGAAACAACUUGAGGGUGUGUAAAUGAUGACAGAUUUUUUUUGUUUUUGUUUUGGGUAAACUAUCCCUUUAAUAAGAACAUUUACCCCUUAUAUGACCAGAGCUGCAUUUUCCUCUGGCUGUACUGGUCUCUCAAUCAAAAGGCUAUUAAGGAAUCUUCUCUGGUAUUCUGUUGUUGCCCAUUGUUACACUAUACGGGGCCUUCAGUUCCCAAAGAUCCUCUCUAACAAAGUGAUAUGAACUUUGGGCAGGAUGUGCUUGCUGAAACAGUUUGCCAAUGUUUCAAAGCUUGUGGAUACACAAUAGGGCAUUUUGUGGCCAUUUAAGUUAUUUAAAUUAAUAAGAAAUAAAGGAAUUUUAGGGAGCAA